AGCCAAAAGUGACGCAAUCUCGCGGCGCGCAGCAGACGACGCCGCGAAGCAGAAGACGACUGACGUAGAUGGCGCUGCGGAAGAGAGAGGGGACAAAGCAGGUCGAUUGGAUAAUCUCCUUUCGCAAAACGCGUUCGGGAAUUUGGGGAUGGUGUACAGUCCUCUGAACGGAAAACAAGUGAACUCGUCCUUCUUGGGAUCACUCCAGCCUGAAGCACUGGUGGUCCCGGAUCCAGCAAUGCUGCCACAAGAUGUUUCGCAUUACCCAUUGGCUGUGGUGUUCAACGGGCCCAAGCUUCAGGAAGCCAGGUCAGCAGGGGUGCCUCCGCAGCCCGUGUAUCGGGACAUAGUCCAGAAGGAAGCCUUGCAACAGCCACUCCUUGAUUCGGGCGCUCCAAACAAGCCGACGACCAAGGACCACAUCAAGUGCAUACAUCGGAAGAACUCUUACGUUUGCUAUGAGACUAGCGAACAGGAUUGAGAUUCAUCACUUGUUAUAGAGCGAGGUCAUUGUUUAACGAUGUUCACCCCUGUAAAUAUGCAUAUACUGUGAAGCGAGAUUAACGUUCAGCGAUGAGUAUAAAACCACUGUCAUCAUCUUCA